AUGAGCAGUGCGUCUCGCUCAAAGUCACAAGUAGUAGAGGGAGCUAGUAGACGUCGCCGGAAGAACAUAAGCGAAGUCGAUAGCGAAGGCCAGCCAGACAAGACCAGUGGUUCGCACUUACUUGAUUGCGGUACUCCCAUGGCUUCCUCAGAUAGCGGAGUAGAAUCGGCCGCUGAGGUCGAUCUCACAGAUAUGAAGGCAACAGAUUCUCCUUUAUCACGUGCAGCUAGUAGUCCAUCUGGCCAUCACGAUACCAUCGUGUGUGGAGAAUGUCAUUUAAACUUUCCUAUUUCCCAGUUCAGCCAAUUCAUUGAGCAUAAAACGAGUAAUUGUGGAGGAAAAAUGACGCCUUCAGAAGUGAUGGAAACUUCUCCCGUCAAUUUCGAUCGUCAAAGCAGGCGCAGAACUUUCACUCCAACAUUGAAACAUCGCAUACGUUCAACAUCAGCUAAUCCCUUAUUGUUAAAUUAUAAUAUGGAUGUGACGACUGACACAAACGAUUUAGACAACAUUCGUCGUGGAUCAGUCACAUGCUAUACUUGUAAAGAACGAUUUGGAGAUAUUUGGAACUUGGUUAAGCAUUGCUACACAACACACGCCCUUCGGAUAUGUGAAGAAGAUUUAGCUGAUAACCAUUCAUGCACAUCUACAUCCUCUCCAAACUCUCACUCGGACUCUUUCUCCCUUGCUCGCACGUUCAGAGAAACAACACCUUUAAAAAAUGGAAGCGUGUUACAACCAAGUGCUAAAAGCGCCUUCAACUUAUCCGCUUUCUGUUCUGAACGCUUAAAAGAGAUUGCAGAGAAGGCUUCUUCAGAAACAGGAGAUAUUAAGAAUAUCAAGAGAGCUCCAACGGAGGAGACUGACGAUGAACAUGUAACUAGCGCCUUCACAUCUACAUCAUUGGGUCAAAACAACAUGAACGCCGUUAAUGGUAUUGCUAACAGUUCAAACCUUGGGCUCUGGAUGCAACCACAAGUACUCACUGCUAUGCAAGACUAUUAUAGUUCUAUGCAUCAUUAUAACAAUUCAGCCGCUGCUGCUGCUAUCCUCGGCUUGAACAGUUUAUCAGCUCAACAGCCUGGAUUGUUCAAUGCUAUUCCAAAAACUGAAGAAGCAUCUGCAUUUACUCCUAACCCAGUAAGACCAAGUUCUGCAGCUGUUCGCCGUCGUAGCCCAGUUGAAGAUGAAGCAACUCCACGAAAAAACCAGAGAACAGAAGAGGACAGCGAGCCCUUCAUCGUUGUGGAUGAUAAUGAAUUAGCUGAGCCAGCAGCUCGUCGACAGUUAAAUGUCAAAAAAGAACGUUGUACAUAUUGCUUGAAAGUUUUCACCAAUCGUUCUAAUUUGAUUGUCCAUCUACGUAGUCAUACUGGAGAAAAGCCUUAUAAAUGCCAGCUAUGUCCAUAUGCUUGCGCCCAAAGUAGCAAAUUGACGAGACACAUGAGAACUCAUGGCCAGCAAGGAAAGGAAACUUACCAUUGCUACAUCUGUCAUAUGCCAUUCUCUGUUCAUUCAACAUUGGAAAAACAUAUGAGGAAAUGCGUUGUUAACAACAGUCAAACCAACGCUCGAGAAGAAUCGCCUAGUGGCAGAGCACGACCUACUCCUUCAGCUUUAGCUGAUGCCACAUCCCUAUUGGCUUUAUCAAAUACUCCAGUGAGCUCAGCACCACCGCAAACAAGUAAUGCUGUCUCACAAAGCAAUCAAAUUGUUCUCAAUUGGCUUCAGAACUUACAGGCUCUGAAUGUGUCAAAUUCGUCUAGUCAGCCAACGAGUGCUUCAUCGAAUAGCAAGGAGGAAUAUGUAGAAGAUGAAGAUAUGGAAGAAACAGAAGCUAGUGAAUUGAAUGAACGACUGAGAAAGGAGGCAGCUGAAACAGCCGUCGCCGUUUAA